ACAGGCACAGGCACAGGCACAGGGGAAAGGGGGGACAAGCGCGUUUCUUAAUUGCAUUUCAACGUCUUGACGCGUGCAACAACAAAAUAACACAUACAUACGCAACAUAACAUAACACGCAUACACAGCGCCCCAUUACCCCAUUGCCCUAUUGCCCCUCUGCAAAUCAUCCCCCCUAUCUCCAUCCUCCUUCUCUCCUUCCUUUGUUCACUUUGCUGUGCAGGCUGGCUGGGGAUUGUCCCCUUACUAAUCGAACCACGACAUUUCAUUUUACAGUAGGAAUAUCACAAAAGCCAGCGGAGGCCGGUUCCUCCUUGUGUUCAUCCGACUCCUAAUACUUGACACCCAUAUAUCCAUCCAACCAUGUCAAUUGCGCCAUCAAUAGCCGUAGGCGCUAAUCCCAGGGACAUCUCGACUACCGCAGGCACCCCUAAUCUCGAUUCCUCCUCUUCGCCGCCCGCCACACCACCCAACAAGUCCUCGGGCCCAGACGCCGGAUCAGCAGUGCGCUCCAGUCUUCCUUCACCACCCCCAUCUUCGUCCUCAAAACACUCACGCCCGCCGCCAGAUCACCAGCAUGAUCACCAAGAUCAGAGAGACCCACACGACCGUGAUCCGACCAUCGAAAAGAUCGCCCGCCGCUUAUCGCCCAACACCACCGCCACUACUACCGUGCCAACAUCAACCGAUCCCUCGUCCUCAUCCUCGCGACCCUACCAGCCCCGCACCUCAACUGCAGUAGAGAACAAGACCCACUCAUCAUCCAGCUCGACAUCAUCAUCCACCUCAGUCCAUCAGCUGCCAUCAAUGCUCUCCAACAAACACGUCGCUGUGACAAAGACCAAGACUCUCGGUCAUCUUACUAGAAGCACAUCCUCGGAAGUUGACAAUGAGGUUGCCAACGCACUUGCCUCCGGACGCAGCAUCGUGAGCAAGACGGACUGGAAGGACGAAGAUGCUCAGUACCUCUCUCAAUUAAUCGAGACUCAGUUCCCCAAGGGCAACAUCAUUUGGGAUUGGGUCGGGCAGCAGAUGGUCAGCAGGGGCUUCAGCAAGAGCCAGUGUCGAUCCAAAUGGAAGCGCAUGCGGACAAAGAUUCUUCACGGCAACGAUGCACCCAUAAAGGAUAAGGAAUACAAGGACCAGCACCGUGACCAUGAACCAGAUGAGCUGAUAGAGGAAGAUGAAGACGAACCAACAGAUCAGCGCGGCGGCAUGACGGACGAUUCCAGACGGGAGCCAAAGUGGCAGCACCGUCAAGAGUAUGAGCGACCAUCAGAAGGAUCCGAUUAUUCUGAUUCCUAUGGCUCACGUCUCUAUGCGUCCUAUACCUCGCAUAGUCAACAAGGCAGCGGCAACUACCAUUACGGAAGGGACAGCUACACAUCCUCAUCAGCACCACCUCCACCUCCACCCACCCAUCGACCCUCUGCAUCCUACUCCGCCAAUCGACACACGACUGAGCGUAGCGCGAUUGAGGAGGAUGAACUCUGGUCGGACGAUGACAAUGGCGGAUACCAGAACCACAACAUGGGUGCUAAACGGUACUCUCAAGACUACCAGAGCCGUGAAUAUUUACAACAUCGCCGACAGUCAAGCUCAAAUCAGCCACGAGACGAGGUACAGGAUGAGCGCUCGCUCUCAGCCAUUGCCGCGACACCCACCAACUUUGGCAAGAUUGAGUGGAAGCCGGAGGAUAGCGACUACCUCGUGCACUUGAUUGAGUCCAAGUUCGCAUCACGCAAGGUGGACUGGGCCUGGGUAUCCCAGCAGAUGGCCGGACGUGGAUAUGAUCGGACACAGUGCAAAUCUCGGUGGUGGCGUGUACAACAUCGAAAUCAGGCCAGUAUGAACUCCAAUCACCUCGUCAGUACCAGUCAGCCCUCGUCUCGCAACAAACACCGGCAAAGCAUUGAUCAGGCUUCGAUCGAUCUAGAGACCAACGGCAUAGCAGACGGAAGGAAUGAGAAGCACGCGCUUUCGGACGAGGAAGGACUCCAGGGUGGUGAUCAGACCGUAUCUAGGCAAGGAUCAAUUGCUGGACAGGAGAGACUCCAUAUCGAAUCACGUCCGUCCCAACCCAAUACCAACGAUCUGACCUCACAGCGGAUGCAUUCCGAAGGGCUGAGCAAAGAAAGAAUGGACGACGAUGAGAGGCUGGGCGUAAUCGAAGACCGAGGGUCGUCACCACGUCCUACCCGUACAGGCGAGCACCAGAAGCACAUCGAGUGGAAGGAAGAGGACAGUCAGUACAUGUAUCGUUUGAUUGAAAAGGAGUUCCCUGUUGGCAAUGUGGUCUGGAGCGUGAUUGGGGAAAAGAUGCAGAGCCGGGGAUACUCGCAGACUCAGUGCAUGUCCAAAUGGAGGAGGCACCUCAAGAAUAAUAAGAUGCUGAACGACAGUAGCAAGGGCGGUGCGAGCAUGGACCUCGAUUUGGAUCCAGAGAUCGCCUCAAACGAGUCCCGGUCCACAGGAUAUAGACGUCGGGGACCCGAGGAACGACACAUGUACAACGAUCCCCAUGCAGAUAGCGCUAAACGGUUCAAAAAGGAUGGCACCGAGUUGAAACGAUACGACUACAACACUGUGGACCCUAUGGAUGCGCGCAUUGUGGAAAUGGAAUACGACCGGUACUAUGACGCCGGAGGCAAACGCAGGAGGAUCAAUACCGAGGACUCAUUGCCCCCUCCAGAUUCCGGAUACGCAUACGAUUACAGAGGCCACUCCUCCGCGUACGGCGAUGACCAUGUCUACGACAGAGAUUUUGAGCGACAUCGUCAUGAGAUGCACUCUACAACUUCAAGACGCCGUCGUCACCACAGCCAAGGCGAGGACGUAGCCACGGCUGUAGCUGCGACUUUGGCUGUUCCGGAUAGCGAGACACCGAGCCGACCAAGCUCACCUGUCGCAUACACUCAGGACGAGGCACGUGCAUAUGGAAACUCGUAUGAAGCAGCGCGUAACUUUGACCGGGGAGCGGACAUUACUGGGGCAGCGGACGAGCGGGACAACCUAUCAAAGAGUGGGAGAGACCCAGGAGAGCCACAUACGUACGAAGAGCACCACAAUCGACCCACAUCGACAGUAUUGUCCUCUUAUCGAAACCAUUACAAUCCGAACCAUCCAUACUUGGAAACACAAGGCGACGAGCAUGCCGGUCGAGCGCAUUCCUAUUCUCGGGCAGAGGAACCGAUGGUGGACCCAAACAAAGAGGUACCGCACAAACCUCGUCUCUCAAAGCAGCGCAGCUCACCAGUAGGACGCAGUUCUGAGCAGGGCACCGUGGGAACAUCCCUUGCAAGAGAGCAUGGCCACAGCGAGAAAAUACCAUUGGAGGGUGAAGAUGGCUAUCGUAACUACGAUUAUCCGGCGGAGGGUCGAACCAGCAACAACCGCACGGGCCGUGAAUCCCGGCUGAGCUACGACUAUAGUAACAACGAUCAGGACUACUACAUCAACCGUCGAAGUACUCACUCUUCACAACGCCAACGUCAGGAUCAUGAGCGGGACUCUGGCUAUAUCGAUUAUGUGAUGGAGGACGACAUGGACUGGGCUGCUGGUCGAUGGGAAGGUCGCGACAUGGCGCGUCUGGCAGCAGCUGUGGCAAGGCAAGGCCGUCGGUGGGAUGCCCUUCGAGCCCAGAUCCGAAUCCCAUUGCUCGUCAGCCCCUAUGAAGACAUGGACGAUGACAUUUAUGAGGGCGUGCGGUUUGAUCCUCAUCCGUUUAUCUACCAGUACCACACGGACGAUCAGAGAAGGGCCCGCCACCACUCCAGUCGGCCAUCCAUAUCCGCUUCAUCAGCAGGGCACACCCCACGUCAGCUACCCUCAGUGGGCUUGAAGUAUAAGUCAUCGAGAGACGUGCAUAUGGCUCCAGAACCGUUGACGUCGGAUGAAAGAAGAGCACAUGUCUCAGCCGAGCUCCACAGAGGAUCGAGACAGCCGAUGCCGCAGUCGUACCGGGCGCCGAGGGAUCCGACCGAGGUGGAUCUGACGAGGGAGGAUGAUGGACUCCAAUCUGAGCAAGCGAGGUAUCCUCCUCAACAACACAGACAUGCUGCGGAGGACGAGGCGGUUAUUAAUGUGGCAUCGGUAGGCGAUGACGAUGAGGAUGUGGCGAAAUCGGAGUUGCCAUCCAAGGCAGGCGUUACCACGAGUGACAUGGAUGAUGGUGCCGUUCAUUUGCAGGAGGAGCAGCAAGAUAUCGAGCUAUUGUUGGCAGGAGAUGCAGCUAAGGCAACGGAUGUGAUGGACAUUGUCAACGUUGCAGAGGAACGUGCGAGGGAGGCGUCGCUGGAAGCGCAAACGAAGGUACCGAGUGGAUUGGAGGCUGUUGGAUUUGAGAUUGCGAUGGGGAAUGAGGCGGUGAAGGUAGAGGGUGGUGUCCAGACCGCCAAAGUCUCGGGAAUGACAGCGGCAGCGCUAUGAAGGACGAGAACACCAACGCAGCAAGUCCAACAGCACUGACAAAUGACGAUUGCUACUGCAGUUUGUAACACUAUCGCUCUCACUGGCUUCGCAAACACUUAAUUUCGACCCAGUUCUUUUUGCUCAUAGACGUUUGCUUAAGAAUCAGAUCAGCCGAGUUCGGCUCCUUGCAGUUACUAUAUACAGCCCAACCAGCCAUAGUUAGAAUGCUCUACGUGAAAAAAAAAGCAAGAAACCAAACCCAGAACAAGAAGUAAUAGAAUUGGCUCC